AAUGACAGAGAGGUCAACCACGUAAGGAGGAGUGGAGGACAGAGGGUUUUAGAGAGAGGAAGUAGAGAGAGAAAGAGAGAGAGAGAGAGGCAUUGCCAUGGCUACAGCUUACACAGCAGGAGCGUCUUCCAUGGUUGCAGCCAUAUCAAGGCCACGCCUCCCGUCGACGUCGUUUCAUCCCCGCUCUUCUCUGCCUAAUCUUCCACCUCGCCCCUCUUCUCUUUCUCUCAAGCUUUUCUCAGAUUCCAACAGGUUUUCUUCGCUCCAGAUCAAAGCCUCUUCAGAUGAAUCUGGUCCAGUUGAUGCAGGAGAGUUAUUCUCGGAUUUGAUGGAAAGGUGGGAUGCACUCGAAAACAAAUCCACAGUUUUUAUCUAUGGAGGUGGGGCAAUAGUUGCAGUUUGGCUGUCUUCCAUCAUUGUUAGUGCUAUCAAUUCGGUCCCUUUGCUUCCAAAAGUCAUGGAGUUGGUGGGACUUGGAUAUACUGGAUGGUUUGUCUACCGAUACCUUCUCUUUAAGGUAAAAUCAGAAAAACCUCUCUAUGAAUUGACAUGUCUGAUAUUGAAAUUAGCAUCUCCAGUGACUAUAUUAUGCCACGAAUGUGACUCCAUAAUCUAAAUCAAAUAUGUCGUCUAAGAAACAAUUGGAUUGUAAGCAUGAUAUUAAACUAUCUCUGACUUCUUAGGAGGUCCAAGUUAUAUGAGUGUGCUUCUUUAAGCAUGUUUAACCUCAAUUUGUGGCAUUAUUUUCAAUAAUUCACAAAUCAUUACAAAAUUGCUGCAACUUAUCUUCUAAUUAUUCGUGACAGAUCCAUAGUGGCAGGCACUGUGAAUGCUUCUUCCAUGCUAUUUAAACUUUAGUAAAUUUUAAUUACUUUCUUAUCCCAAAAAAAAGGAAAAAAUUCCUAAUAUUGCAAGUCAUACUUGUUCUUAAUACUUCAUGGAUUUAUGUGUUCAAUUUCCUUUUAAUAUUGUUUUGACAUAAUCUAUGGUCUUAUAAUGCAAACUACAUGUUGCUAACAAUUGUGAUUAUUUUCCCAGUCAAGCCGAAAGGAACUGGCCACAGAUAUUGAAGCAUUGAAGAAAAAGAUUUCAGGAAGUGAAUAGCCUCACCAAUUGCAAGGCAAUAGUAUGUUUUGCAUUUUGUAUGAUCCUUGAUCCUAAAAGAUAUGGAUAUUCUAAUGUUCUUCAUAAGAGACACUUGGAUCCUGUACUAUAUUCUUGUGUAGUGGUCGAUGUAUCAACCAGAUUGUUUUUGAAAAUAUAAUUAGCAAUUCUCUUCACAAA